CAACAACAAAAUUAAUAAAAACGACUGUCGCCACCAUAGAAGAAGAAAUAAAAACCAACAUAUACAACCAACAACAGCAAUAUGUGGCUAUCAACUUGAAACAGCCAUAGACAAGUGUUAAAAAAUAUAUUAAAAAAAUUCAAAUGUGGUUGAAUGUGCAGAAAACAAAAAAACCACUGCAAACAAAGGCUAAAAUAAAAACAAUCAACAACAUCCAAAACAGAGCAGCACAAUAAAGGUUUUCCAACAAUUCUGUAUCUCUCAUCUUCCCAAGCAAAGUGUGCAAAAAAAAAAAAACGUGAACGUUUUUAAUUUAUUUUAAUUUUUACAUACAACAAACAUAUACACAACCACAAACAACAACAUUAAAUCUGCGUGUGAAAAUUAAGUUUGUGCUAUUCGUUGUUUUUGUUUUAUUUGUUUAAUCAUCGCACUUGGCGGUUGCGUUUUGAUGCCGAUGUAAUUUCCCACACUCACAGAUUAGUGGCUCUCUUCGUAGUGUUAUCGAAUUUUUCUCAGCCCUCAAGCAUUAUUCGUUUGUGUGCCUACAUUGGUUAAAACUGUAUGACAUUACUUGGGCCUAGCGCCCCUGGUAUGGCCUUUAUGAUGAAAAAGAAAAAGUAUAAGUUCAAUGUUGAGGUGCAAUUGCAAGAGCUCUCCGAGGUGGCGCUUGUGAACGAGGUGCUGUUCGCAAAGAUACGAUUGCUGGAUGGUGGCUCGUUUCAGGAGUACAGCAGCAGAGAGGAGGUACGCGAUCAUCGUGUAGUAUGGAAUCGCAACUUCGAAUUUCCCUGCAAAAUGUCCGCCAAUGCGUCUACGGGUGUAUUGGAUCCGUGCUACUUGCGCAUCUCCAUACGCAAGGAGAUGAAGGGUGGACGUAGUUAUUUUAAGUUAGGUUUUAUCGAUAUAAAUCUUGCCGAAUUCGCCGGCGCCGGACUAACAUCCCGACGCUUUCUGCUCGAAGGCUAUGAUUCACGCCAUCGUCUGGACAAUUCCAUGCUGUUGGUGUCCAUCAAAAUGCACAUGCUCAGCGGUGAUAUACUCUUCAAGGCACCCACACCAAAUUUGAAGAACAAGCAGAAACCCUCUACAGAUGAUUUGGCCACAGCGUCUACCGGCGUCGGACUGCAAACGCCCACUGCAACGGCGUUGCCAACCAUUGGCAGCGGUGUGGGCAGUGGGGCGUCCAGUGUCAGCGGUGGCAGUCAGGGCAUACCGGUUGGCAGCGGGGCAACAUUAGGCGGUGGGUUAAACAGCGCGACCAACACACGACCUGUAUCCACAGUGCGAGAUGAUGAUUUGGACCCACAAGUAGUGAUCGCUUCAAUUGUGACAGACUCUGGCUUGUCGGAAUCUUCCGAAUCGGCCACCACACUUACCACUGAAGCAUUGUUUUUGCAACAGCAACAACAACAACAGCAGCAGCAGUAUGGCGCCUAUCCACCUCAAAAUUCGUUAGGUCCAACAACAACAACAACUACCGUCGUGACACUGACGAAUGCACAACAAAUGCAGCCCUACGGUGGCAUUGGUGGCACCGGCGGUAGUGGUGGCGGCGGCGGCGGCAGCGGCAGUGGUGGUGUUGGCAAUGGCGCAGCUGGUAGCAGCGUGGGGGGUAUACUGGGUAUUGUGGGUAGCAGCAAUUGUGGCACGACCAGCGCUAAUGUGAUGGGAAGCGUUGGUGGUGCUGGUGGGGGCUUGGGAGGCACUACUGGAACAUCGUCGAUUAUGGAAAUGGGCCACUCGCGUAAUUCCAGCAACACUAGUCAAAUGUCGAAGGGUUCGGGUUAUAGCAGUUUUUCGCACAGUCAACAUUCGCGGCAAAGUUCUGAAGGCGAUUCAGGGCAUGCAAGAUUCAGCAAAUCCGUUUCUCUCCUUAAUAGACUCAAUCAGAAAGCCGCCAACGCCAUGAAGCUAAAUAUACCUUCGUUGAACCAUCAAAAGCCAACAACGGAUACGAUCUGCGAGUAUGAAAGCGAAGAGUUGCUCUUCCAAACGCCCAAUUCUACCAUACGCGAUGAGGAUUUCCGUACGCCACUCAAUGAAAUGCCACCAACUUCAUCCGCUUGUUCGCUCUCCAUUUACAGCGAAAAGUUUGCACUGAACACACCCUCGCCCACGUAUCGCAGCGCCGCUAGUAACAGCCGCAGCGAUUCGCGUGCCUCUCAGAUCUAUGAAAGUGGCAGCGGUAGUGGCAGUGGCAGCGGCAGUGGUAGUGGUAGCGGCAGCGGCGAAUCUUGUUCGGAGGAGACAGCCGACGACUCGGGUUUGGAUGAAAAUUUUCAUACGCCACGCGUUGCCAAAAUCAAAUCAAUGGAAAAUAUCUCCAUUAUCGAAAUGGAGUUCCAUCGCGCCUCGCUGGAGUUGGAUCGCAAUUCACCGCGUCGCCUAAAAAUGUUGGCAGAUCGCGCGCAAAUACCAAAAAUAAAAUCGCUUAACAAUUUAUGUUUGGACGACUAUAGCGAGCAGCAGGUGCGUGAGGAGUUGUUGCGCAUGCGCGAACGUUCGCUGGAGGAGAAGCAUCGAUUUAAUUUGCAACAACGCAAGAAUUCCACCUCGUCAACAAGUUCGGGCAAGUUGUUUGUGAAGAACAAAGUGGGUAAUGCCAAAUUCAUUGGCAACGACGAUAGCCCACUGCCGCAGCAGCAACACAAUCAACAGCCGCCAUCAUUUAUGCAGCGCGGUCCCCACUAUCCGAUACAGAAGAUGCGUUCCAUGGGCACCAUACCGGAUGUGGUGACCGAACGUGUCGAACCGGAUCCUUUUCUCACGCCGACUUCGGGACGUAAGCCAAACUUUCCGCUGGUGACACAGUCGGCUGAGAAACCUUCACCUCCCUCGUUUGUUGCGCGCUUGCUGAACUACGAUAUGGUGGACUCGUCGUCAUCGACGUCUGGUACGCCGAAUAGCCAUAAUCAAAUGUUACCACAACACCAUACACAUGGCUCGCUAACUGAAAUCUAUUCGCAUGAUCGUGUUAGUCAAUUGUUGUCGAACGAUCAAAAUGCUGCGGCAAUGUCGUUCAUGUCGCGUACACCUUUCGAGCGCGCCUACCGCCGCACCAUGUUGAAGAGUUCAACACCGUUGCGCCAAACGCUCGGCUAUGUGCAGUACACAACGCCGCAGGAGCAAGGGAUACAGCUGCGCCUGGAUGGACAUCAGCAGCUGCAGCAGCAUGAGCAAUUCGCAAUGGGCCAUCCGGAUACGCUUAUGGUGCGUCCACACUCAACGAAUGCCGCCUACGAGUUAAUGAGCACUGGCCGCAAUUUUAGCGGCGUACCGCGUCGCCUUCUCGAUGGCAGUAAUCGGCAAAUCUCAUCAAUCGCACUGGGCGCCACCACAACGCCCUCGGCGGCAGCAACAGCAGCGAUGGCGGCAGCAGCAGCUGCGGCGGCGGCCUCCAACAGCAGCUCCUCCCCAUGCGGUACCCUCGGCAGCAUUAAUUCCACCCAUUCGGCAUCCUCGUCCAGUGGUAGUAGUAGCAGCGGUGCAGUCAUUACCUUUCAGUGCGCUGGCGGUCAUUCGGGCAUCGGCAGCAGCAGUGACACCGUAGAUGGCAUUGGCUUUAACGACGGCGGUUGCGGUGGUGGUGGUGGUGGUGGUUUCGGCGUCAUCGGUGUCGGCACACCCAAUACCAAUCAAUUAAUUGGCUCACCAAGUAAUAAUGGCAUCGGUUGUGGCAUAGGAGGAGCCAGUGGAGUUGGUGGCGGCGGCGGCGGCGGUGGUGGUAGUGGUGCCAAUAGUCCACGUCUGGUACCUAGCGCACUCUCCUCUACAUCCGCUACAACCGAUGCGCUCAGUUCUUUGGCAGCCAGUCCUACAGAUGCCUGCAGCAUACGUUCCAAUCCAUCAGCCGCUUCACUUUUACUUACCACCGCAACCAUGGCUGCGGCCGAGGCGGCAGCGGCGCAGGUGGCAGCAGCCGCAGCGGGCAACAACUCCGGUCUGAGCUCUUCGGGCGCGACACUCUCGCCGCUUGCGACCACACAAAUCAUACGGCGGCCCAGCAUUACAAUUUCCGGUUCGAUAGUCAUAAGUGAAACAGGAUCUCUAGAUCGUAUGAAAAACGCGGCCGAGAAGCGUAAAAAAGGGCCGCUGGAUGAUGGGCCACGCGUUUCAGAUCGUGUCGAAGAGACGCGCGUCAAUCCCAAUUCGCUAAUUGAUGAAAUUUUGAAGGAUACCAAAUUGGAUCAAUUAGCCGAAUCGGCGGAGACAUCUGGUCUGCAAUUGUAUAUUGCACGCGACGGCACCGCAUCACUGGGUAGUCACGAGGUGAAAGCGCGCGUACCGACAGGCGCUUUCAAGCAGGUGGUCAUGAAGAAUCCAAGAUAGUAGCGUAAAUCGUAAAAGUGUAAGAAGAAGAAGAAGAAGAAGACGAGGAACAGGAAGCAAGAAGACUACAAACUACAUAACUACUACAUGCAUAUAAAAAUACGAGUACAUGCAACAACAACAAAGCUACCGCAGCAAAUACAUAGAAAUCUAGAACAGCUACCACAGCAACAGCAGCAGCCGUAGCAGCAAUAGCAGCAACUACAAAAUGGAGAAAACCAAUAAUUAAUAAAAUGCAAAACUAAUAAUAACUAAAAAAAAAAAAGAAUAUUUAUAGAAGAAAAUAAUAAUAAUCUAAAUGCUAAAGCUAAAUUAACUGUAAUAAAGCCAGCAAGUCAGCAAAAAGCAGCAAACAGAAAAUCAAGUCUAUGAGAAUAGGAGCAGUGAACAAUAACGGAUAAGAAGACUUACUAACACAAAAACUGAAGCCACAUGUCCUACUAGAAAUGCAUGCCUACACACCUACAUACAUACAUACAUAUUCAUAUUAUACAUCCAGCAAAAAUUCGAGCUAAUUGAACGCGCGCGACUGAUAGAGAAACGCGAAUCCUGCAAACGCCAGUAGGAAUCAAGUUAAGGGGUAACACCACUGUACACGCGUAAAAUAAACACGAUUUGUAAAGAAUUUUUUUUUAUAGAAGGAAAGGAAAAACAAUCACUCUGAUUUGGGAAGUUAUUACUUAUAUACUAAAAUACAAAACUACAAAGUUUGAUCGAAAAAUUUUACAAAAUGGCGGCAUUGGAGACAUUUUUGUAAUGUGGUUUCUCUUGAAGGAGCUCCGCGGCACGCAGCACAGAGGGUGCAAAUUUUAAUCUGGAACAAAGAAACAUUUUUUUUCUUAAUCUAGAUAAGAAUAGCUAGAGAAACACGUAGGGGAUUUAAAAAAUAUUUAUUUUUGUGGAAUUAGCAAGCAUUUGAAGGAAAAAACUCUAUUUUGGACUAAAAAAACGGCACUUAAAUAAUUAUAACAAUCGUUUAAAUUAAUCUAUCGAAAAUCCCCUACGCUCUUCUCUUAAGAAGGUUAUUAUACAGACGUAGUGAAAAACCUGAUUAAAAAUAUUUAAAAUUGUUUGAGUUAUGCUGCGUGCCAAUUUCAGAAAACGUGUUUUGAGAAAAACGCGUUUAAAGUUUGGAAAUUUGGAGAAAUCGUUAGGUAGCAGUCACUAACGCUUGGUAAAAAGCUUAAAAUAUUUAUGAAAUAAACUUCGGUAACGUAUAAAACUUUUUGUUCUGUAUUUUAAAAGGUUCAAAGAAUUUUUUCAGCUUAUAAAAAGAAAAUAAAUUUUUUGAAAUUUCUACAGUGGUGUUACCCCUUAAGGUGCGCUCUCUUCCUUUCUAUACAUCUGUGCUUAUGCAUGUGCGUUGUUUGCCUAGAGCAAUAAAUUAAACGGAAACUCGAAUGAUUGAAAUGAACGCGCGUUACAUGUAAAUGCAGGAUAGAUAAGGAAACUAUCAAACGCUAACAGGAGUCUAGUAAACUUUCAACUCUUCUUGGAAUGCGCGAACGAACACAAUUUAACAGGCGCGUUUAUUUGUGUCUAGCGCGUGGAAAUGCUAACAAGUGGCAAAGCUAAUUAACUUUUUCAUAACUACAUGCACACGUGCAUACAUGCAUACAUACAUACAUAUAUACAUACAUACAUAGAUGCAUACACAUAUGUUGAUGCGCGCAAUAGCUAAGGAAAUGAGAAUCCUGUAAGGGGCAAACGAAAACUUGACAACUUCCACUUCUUCCUACUUCUGUCUUGCCACAAAAUGUCAGGCGCGUUUAUUGUAUUACAGCAAGCAUUCUUCAUAUCUACAUACAUACAUAUAUUCGUAUAUAAAGUCACUUGAGCAUAUAAUUAAGCUGCUUAAGGCACACGCGCAGCAAAUUACAUAUCGUCAAUAGGCAAACGGCAAAAGCAAAUUUAAAAGUUUUCCUAUUACAGACUUUUGAAACACGAAAUGGCCGGUGCACUGUCAUCGGUGUGCGGAGUAUAAAAAUGUAGGCCGGUACAUUCCGGAUCUAUACCCGUUUAAGAAAGUGACAAUCCACAGUAUUCCUCAAGCUUAGAGCAACCUUAAGAGCAACAAUCCGAAAAUUGCACAGUUGAGAGACAUCCUCGACAACAGCUAUUGCGCUCUCACUCAAUUUGACAGAAUCAGCUGAUUUGUUGACAUAAUAAUUGGGCAUUUCUUGUCAUUUUAUUGUUGUAUUGCUUCUCAUUUUUAUUGUAACUAACAAUCGAAUUUAUCGUAACGCGUCAUUCUCUUUAUCGUUUGCCCAGUUGUUACGUCACAGUCAGAAAUAAUCUCACGAAUGUCUCGAAUGUCUCUUGUAAUCUAUCAUUUUUAAGGAAACUCGUUAAAUAAACACACGAAUCGUCGUGUUGCGUUAACAAUUGAGCGCGUCGUGAAUUGGUAGUGGAAAAAUAAUUUGUAAUUUGCUGAAAUCAAUGAAUUUAAGUAUUUUAUGGUAGUUUUUCGUUCCGAUUCUGUGAAGUUUUAUGGAUUGUUUGUGACGAGUAUUUCGAUUUUAAUAAGAAUUUAUUAGUUGUCCACGAUUGAGAUCAAUUAAAGAAAGAAUUUGGGGUAACGCAGAAAAAAUGUAGUGCGAUCUGAAUUUAAAAAGUUCUGCUUUGCUGAGCUCAGUACUCAGCUCUAUAGCGAAGAAAAGUGGCAUUUGUUUUGUUUGUUAACAGUAAGAGUAUCCCCGCCAGUGUCGGGCAUAUCACCGGUCAUCUUCGUCUAGCUCAUCUAAAGGUAGGCCCAGGAAACAUGCUGUUUCAACGGGUUGGAUCCAGAGGGGAGAGGGGUGUUAGAUGAGUCGGUGGCAUCACAUUAGCUGUAUGUAAGAAGAAAUUUCAAACUUGUAAUAUGGAUUUUAAAUUUGUAAUAAGAAUCAGCUGAUUUUAGUUAUGUAGAUAAGUAAACAAGCGGAGAAAAUAGUAGCUUCUCUUUGCAGUGAUACGAAAGGGUUUCUUAAAUUGAAAAUUUCUCACAAAAGAAGCUGCUUGCAUUUUUUUUUUCUAUCGAUUUUUAAAGGCACUACAGCGGCAGAGAAAAGUAUGGUAGAAAAUAGUUAUACAGUGAAGUAGUUUCUGAAAAUGAAAGAUUUUUUUUUUUUUCAUAUUAAAUUUUUAUGGUCGUUGUUUUAAAAUGCCAAGUUGUUUUAAAAGUCCAGUGUUUAGAUUUCAAAUUACGAAACUAAUUAAGUGAAAAAAUUUUUAAAAAUAAGAUCUGUAAUUUUUUUUCAAACUCUAUAAUUUCAUCAAAAAUUAAGGGGGGCCUCUUAUCAGUGGCUUCAAAAAAAGGUGUUUUUUCUCAAUUUUUUUUUCGAGGCGAAAAAAACGACACACAGGAAUAAUCUUUUGCAUUUAUUUGAAGGCAUGUUUGAAGAGUAAUAAACAAUUUUUUAACAUAAAUAAAAAAACAAAAUGGCAGACAUAAGAGGGAUCUCGCAUAGCUUUUUGUUGCGCGCUAGUAAAACGGCGCGUAAGAUUGCGGUCGUAGUUUUCACCUGAAACACAAAAGAAAAAUAUUGUCUUAAGCAGAAGGGUUUCCCGCAUAUAAUAGACUACUCUUGUAUAAAAAUAUGAAAAAAUGAACACACAAUUAAUUAUUGAAAAAAAUUGCUUUUUUCGUUAUUUUUUUUUUCAAGAAAGGUGUUAAAUAACAUUAAAAAAUGAAUUUUUUUGGUGUAUUUUGUUAGUUAAUCAGUUGCGCAUUUUAAUUAUCUUUAUAUAGAUUAUCGGUUUGAAACGAUAACUUUCGGCGUUUGUUGUUAAAUCUUACACGCCAUUUUCAAAAACUUGGUUUUGAGAAAACGUGUUUCAAAGUUUUCGGAAAAUACACAGUAUACUCACACGAGGGACGGUACACAGGCCUGUAACUCUGAAAUCACUUUGAAUUCCGCUAUAAAAUUUUGAGGGCAUAUUCUCCUAUAAUAUAUCUAUCGAUUGCAGUAAAAAACAAAAAAUCGAUUGAAGCCGACUGAUAAGAGGCUCCCCUUAAAUGAAUUAGAUUUUUCGUUUUUAAAUAAUGUUCUAAAUGUUUAAAAGUAUGGUAAAAAGCAGCGCAAUAAUGCAGAGAAGAAAUUUAGUUUCUGAAAAUGAAAGAAUUUCAAAUGUAUUUUUCUUUUUUUUAUUUCAUGGCCGGUGUUUUAAAAGUCCAGUUUAUAUUCUGUAUAUUUCCAUCUUAAAUAAAAUGAAUUAAAGUUUUCUUUUUUAAAUAAUGUCCUAAAGUAUUAAAAUUCUCAAAAAAAAAAAAUAAAAAAUAAAAUAGUGAGAGCCUUGAUUGAGAAUGAAUUAAUUAAUUACAAAAUUUACAAAAAUUAACAUACAAAGUUCAGCAAAGAAUUUGACAACUGUGCAGGUCCAGUAUAAGCAGAGGCGGCAAUUGAAAGUUCUCAGCCAACCAGAAAAGAAAAGUUCUAAGCCAAAAGCAAAAAAAAAAAAUAGAUUUCCAGACUUUUGAUGGGAAAAUCCAUUUGGUUCGUUGAUGAGGUUGUUCUUGGAU